GGAGAGACACAUGCCUCUGACCCCAUUGCAUUGCAUUGCAAAGGAACAGUUCCUUGUUCCUGUGUGUGACGUAAAGAAGGCAGAGGCUUCUUUUGCAGCAUUUAUCAGUCAGGAGGAAAAGCAGAAAUAAAGUAAAGGAAAAAGAAACUGUCAGAGCAUCAAGCAAGAAGACAUUUGGGCUACUAAAGACUGAAGCAUUGAGCUUCAGUGGGUUCCUGGCUUGUUCAUAAACGAAGACCAUUAAUAAUCCAGAUGGGAACAGUUUUCAACUGAGGGUUUCUGUGCAGUGGCUAAUCUGUGUCCACAAAGAGCCAGUUAGUCUAAGCAGAUAGCAAAAAGUCUUGUGGCACCUAAGGCUGUUUUACACUUCAUCCACCCAUGGAUUUCAGUGGAUAAAAGUGUAUGCUACUGGAAAGACUGAAGUGAGUGAUUCUGGAUAGAACUCAGUUUCGUUAGAAGACUUUUAAAAGAGUUGUUCCACAGAGUGCAUCAGUGCAAGUGACUGCUUUACUCUCGAGUGACUUUACAGGUGCUUGCCUGCGUUGCAAUAACAGACUCAUAAUAUUGAGCAGGACCUUAUUUAUCUCUUCAUCUUGGAGAGUCUAAUAAACUAUUACAGUUUCUGUACUCACAAAGUUUUGAAGUUGAAAAAGACACCUUUACAAAUCAAAACAUGAGUACGGCCAGAACAGAGAACCCUGUUAUAAUGGGUCUCACCAGUCAGAAUGGGCAGCUGAGGGGCCCAGUGAAACCCAGCGGCGGCCCAGGAGGCGGAGGAACACAGGCUCAGCAACAGAUAAACCAGCUGAAACAUCCCAACACAAUCAACAACGGCACUCAGCAGCAAGCACAGAGCAUGGCCUCCACUAUCAAACCUGGCGAUGACUGGAAGAAGACUUUAAAACUCCCUCCAAAAGAUUUGAGAAUCAAAACUUCGGAUGUGACAUCCACAAAAGGAAAUGAAUUUGAAGAUUACUGCCUGAAACGGGAGUUACUGAUGGGAAUUUUUGAAAUGGGCUGGGAGAAACCAUCUCCUAUUCAGGAGGAGAGCAUCCCCAUUGCUUUGUCUGGGAGGGAUAUCUUGGCUAGAGCAAAGAAUGGAACUGGCAAGAGUGGCGCCUACCUCAUUCCCUUACUUGAACGGCUUGACUUAAAAAAGGACAACAUACAAGCAAUGGUGAUAGUUCCCACACGCGAGCUUGCCCUGCAGGUCAGUCAGAUCUGCAUCCAGGUCAGCAAACACAUGGGAGGGGCCAAAGUGAUGGCUACCACCGGAGGAACCAACCUACGUGAUGACAUAAUGAGGCUGGACGACACAGUGCAUGUGGUGAUAGCUACACCAGGGAGGAUUCUCGAUCUCAUCAAGAAAGGAGUAGCAAAAGUGGAUCAUGUCCAGAUGAUUGUUCUAGAUGAGGCAGACAAAUUGCUCUCUCAAGAUUUUGUUCAGAUAAUGGAGGACAUCAUUCUCACCUUACCCAAAAACAGGCAGAUCUUGCUCUACUCUGCCACAUUUCCUCUCAGUGUACAGAAGUUUAUGAAUUCCCACUUGCAGAAACCCUAUGAGAUUAACUUGAUGGAGGAGCUGACCCUGAAGGGAGUUACCCAAUACUAUGCUUAUGUGACUGAGCGUCAGAAAGUGCAUUGUCUCAACACACUCUUCUCCAGGCUCCAGAUAAACCAGUCGAUCAUCUUCUGCAACUCUUCUCAGCGGGUUGAAUUGCUAGCUAAGAAAAUCUCCCAGCUGGGGUAUUCAUGUUUCUACAUCCAUGCAAAGAUGAGACAGGAGCACCGCAAUCGUGUGUUCCAUGAUUUCCGGAAUGGUUUAUGCCGCAAUCUUGUUUGCACUGAUCUGUUUACCCGAGGUAUUGAUAUCCAAGCUGUGAAUGUUGUGAUAAAUUUUGAUUUUCCAAAGCUGGCAGAGACAUAUCUCCACCGUAUUGGCAGAUCAGGGCGAUUUGGCCACCUUGGCCUGGCCAUCAACUUGAUCACUUAUGAUGAUCGAUUCAACCUGAAAAGUAUUGAAGAGCAGCUGGGAACAGAAAUCAAGCCCAUCCCUAGUAAUAUUGACAAGAGCCUGUACGUGGCGGAGUACCACAGUGAGCCCGUAGAAGACGAAAAACCGUAAGGGCUGCGCUUUGCUUAAACACACAAGCCAAAAGAGCCCUUUGAUCUGGACAUGUGAUGCAUCAUUUCUUUGGGGAGGCCCUUCUCUUUGUGGGUUUUUCAAUUUUUUUCCUUUUUCUUUCCUUUUCCUUUUGGAACUAUGAAGAUUAAAGAGCUGAGAUUCCCCCCCCCCCUUUUUUUUUUUUUUUUUUUUUUAAAUCUGACAGUGAGGACGGAAGCAGAAGAUAGGAAGGAAAUACCUUUGUUUUUUCCCUUGUGUUUGCACUGUGUGCUGACUGAACAUUAGUUGCACUAACUGCUGGUUUUAAUUUCUUUCGUUGUGGUGGUGAAGAACUCUGAAAAGAGAAGACUCCCAAGCUCAAGCUUACCUGCGAUUCCAGAUUCAACCCCAGCCGCUUGCCUGAGUGCAUUUCAACUUCUCCUCGGCUCCUCAUCUGUCUUCUAAGCUAAAGAGCUUGUUACUUAUUUGUGCAAAGUGCCUUACGCUACCAGACCAUUCAGAAUAUCACCUUUCAGAUACAGCCCAAGGAGUCCUUUUGGUUCAGGUCAAAAUCUCUCUCCCCACCUCCACUCCCCUUCCCUUCCCACCGACAAGCAGGGCCAGCAGGUGACGCUUGUCAGUAAUACCUUUUUGUUAAAGAUGUUUUUGUUAAAACAACGGAGGAGUUGAGAUGUGGUUGCAGUUCACCCACUCUGUAAAUAACAUGUAUUUAAACUAAAUAACCUGGACCAUCUGGGUUGACUGAGUGCAACGCUGGCCCUCUGGGAGGAAAGAGCCACUCGCCACCCACCUGCAGCAGGAGCCAUCUGGGGAAAAGCCCUCGGCUGCCCUUGGAACACUACCAGGACGAGCUUCUUGAGUCUCCUUCGGUGGCCACAGCACUUGCUGGGUAGAUGUGUCUCAGAGCCGUGGUAAUCUUUCCUCUCUGAAGUGUGUGCCACUGAAAAUUGGAUGUGUAUACUUGUAUAAACUCUGUAAAUAAGUGUUUUUUUCCCCCUGUUAUGGGUUCAUAUAUAACCUCUUCCCCCCCCCCCCCGUUUUUGAUGAAGUUUGCUGGGGUUAAAGGGAUUAUAGAUAGAUCUUGACAGCAGCUAAAGGUGAGAGGGGCUCAGUAUUCUGCAACACUGCUCUGUGCCAAGCCAGUAGGUCCAGCAUGCUAUAGUGCUUGUGGCACCUUGAAGAAGGGGGGCAGAGGGAUAGGAUAAUCCCCUUUGAUGUGCUCUUUUUAGAGCCCCCCCCCCCAGAACUAGGAAGCUGACGCCUGACUUGUAGGGGAAGGAAGAGCUCAUUCACUUUGGUGCACCUGGGCAUGCAGGGUGUGGAUUUAGGGUGACCAAGAGCAAUAGCCAUUGGCCAGUUCUGGAGUUCUCUUCCUUGUGAAGGUUGUCUCCAGCCUGCCUGCCUUGUGACUCUGAAGCAGGCAAGGGCCAGCCCCAUGUCCAGGCUCUUCGCUCUUCUCUCCUUUCCAUCCUCCUCUGCUUGGCCUUUGUACGAGAGAUUGGUGUGGUAGGCCCAAGCAGUGUUGUUUUAAAUUGUGCCCCUCCCAAUAUAUGCUUGAUGUUUGGCCUGAUCUACAGGCAAAAGGAGUGAGGCAACUCAACUUGUAAACUUCUUAAGAAUUCCCUUCCAGCCUGACCAGCAACAGGCUGCCAGGAGGCACUGGGACGCACACAGCCAGCCCCUCCCUUCUCAGACACCACAUAUUCGGACACUGCACUUGUGGCUCCCUCCUUCCUUUCCCCAGGGGCUGAGUGUUGACCUGUUUUGGCCCUGGGUUGGGAUUGCAGGAAGACACCUUUGCCCAGCCCAUGCCUCAGAAAUGUGCGCUAGCACUAGGUGCCUCCUGGCAGCCCUCUUUCAAAGUGAAAUUGUUUUUGUCUUGAGUAACUUCCACAGUAACAUAGCAGGAGCUGCACUAAAAACCCCUCCUCUGCUGGGGGCUUCACAGCAGCUGCAUCAGACCGGCAAGUACUCUCUCUAGUGGGUGGGGGGGGGGAAUAUAGAUAAUUCUGACCAAAAGAAAAAUCUUGCUUGUCGGCUGCAGCCAGUCUGCCUUCCCAGCAAUGGAGGAAAGGAGUAAAUUUAGUGCAAAAAGUGACAAGUGUGCAGAACCCUAGGAUCUUGUGAGAGCAUGCACACUUGGCGUGGUGUCAUGAGUGGAUGUGGCCGCUAUGCCCCUCGUGCCAUGCUGAUCGUGUCACUCUUGAAGCACAGCAUUUUUAAACGGAAAGUAUUACUUUACAUGUGGCCGCCCAGCAAAGGAGCGGCAAAUCUGCCUAGAGUCCUGGAAAACCAUUUUUGGGUGGCCUUUCUCAGGUCAGAAGGCCACCUGAACUUGGCUAGUAGCUGUCUCUCUCCAGGAUGCAGAGGGACUUGUAAAGGGAAAGAUGCUCCAGAUGUGGACAGGGGAAAGCCCCGUCCCUUUUUCUCCCCUUCUGAAAAUGACUAUAAACAUGAACAUUUUUAAAAUUCUUGUUCAUAAAGGUGAAUUGUCAAGAAUCUCUGCAUUGGUCACAGAUGUUUUUCUGCUGGUCCAAAGAGAACACUGAGAUAUGAUGCCUUGUGGCUGAUUCAGCCCUUAGGCAGAUGUUGAGAUCACCCAUCUAUAGGAUGAAAUCCCUCAGAACAAGUCAGGCUUGAUCUCUCAGUGUGCUCUUCCCAAAAUGUGCUGCACUUGCCAGAGAUUGCCCAAUUGGGGGUGGGGAGAGGGGUGGGUUGGUAUUAAUUUUUAAAUUUAAUUUCUCUAGAAUGAGAUGGGAGCAUCUUUCCUUUGGCCUUUGUUUUUGUGUCUGUUGAUGGGGCUGGGUGAGGUCAUGGAAGCAGGACACAAAAACAGAUGUGUUAAUGUCAGACAUCUCAUUCUAGCUUUCUUUAUUUUAAGGGUGGGCUUACCUGAACAGGGCUUGCUAAAUGCUGACAGAUAAGGAUGGAUCCGUGGGCGUUUGCCAGCAUCCUUGCCAAGGUGGGUGCCUUGGUUUCCAGCCGUGAGCUGACCUGUGCUGCUGGAGCCAAGCAUGCCCCUGGCUUGGGCAAAGUAAGCAUUGCUGGCUGAGCAGACUCACCUUCUCUUCUGGGAGGGUCCAGAGAGGCCUCUGGGGAGCAGGGGGCACCUCAGGCUUAGCAGGACUUACUUUGGAGCCCCCUCCGGCUGCGAAGGGCAGACCGGGGGGGGGGGGUCCUUCCCUUCUGGCAGCGUUCUCAAGCCCUGCGCAGGUGAUCUAUGUGGGGUGGGAUCGGAUGGGUCUACUAAGAUACAGCUUGGCUGUAUUUUAACCAAGAAUUGUGGGGAGGGUUAUCUGGGAAAAAAUAGUCAAUAUUCCCUUUAUUGAAGAAAAAAAACUGGAAAGCUGAAGAAGUGGGACAUACUUUUUGUGUUCAGUUCAAACAACAUUGUAUUUCAUUGGUCCUCAGUCCAGGCCAUGUUCACUGUGAACAUUGGGGACUAGAAUUUGGAAAGGGGUUGGGGGGGAGGGAAAAGGAUUUUUUUGGGGGGAGGGGCAAACUGGUAACUGGCAAAUGUCCAGCAGAGCGCAGUUUUGAUUUGGUGUGUAUCUCUGUACACAAAUAUGUACUGGAAGGCUGAUAACCAUGUUGGUGUCAGAGGACAGAAAUGAUGACAGAUAAAAUCCUGAGUUAUUUUUAAAGCAGAGAAUUAGCUCAAUAAAAGCUCACUGGGA